CGGAAGGCGUGCCACUAAACUCCCGAGUGCUUGAUCUUCUUAAAUACACGAUCUUCGCUGCAACUCUUCUGACAGCUAGCAAGCAACUCCGCAACGCUCUAAACAAGCUGCCUACAGAGCUGGGCGGGCAGGAGAGGGAAGGGGAGAGCUUUAACCCUGGUCUCCCCAGCCGACCCUGAGUAAACCAGCCAGCCAUGGAUGACAGCUCCUCACUGGGAAAAGUCAGCAGCUCUACCGAGUCCGUGGCCACUGUCACCAGCGAGGAGUUUGUUCUGGUACAACCCAGUGCUGCCGGGUCCCCGCAGGGCUCCGAGGGCAAACCAAGACUCAAGAUGUCUUGGAAUGGAAGUGAGCAGCUAGAAAAAGCUAUGGAGGAGGUGUUGGAUGAUGAUGAUGAGGUGAAGGUGGAGAAGAGCAAUGUGGAAAAGAUGGAGAAGCACAGAGAUCCAAAGACCCAUGUCCUGGAAGCCCGACCUCCAGAAGCAUGUCCAGCACCACCCAGCCCCACUGUCCUGGAGGAGGACAGUGUCCAGUUUAACAAGCUGUCCUACCUGGGCUGUACCUGGGUCAAAGCCCCUCGCAACGAGGCAGAGGCACAAAGGGCCAUGGCCACCCUGCGAGCUGAGAGUGCCAUCCCUAUCCCCAUCACCCUGCAUGUCCCUUGCGGACCAGAUGGCUCUGUCAGGAUUGUGGACCAGGCUUCAGGUACAGAGAUUGCCUCCUUCCCCAUUUACAAGGUGUUGUUCUGUGCGCGUGGACGGGAGGGCUCAGUGGAAAGCGACUGUUUCUCCUUCACCGAGAGUUACAGAAGUUCUGAGGACUUCCAGAUCCACGUCUUCUCCUGCCACAUUAAAGAAGCUGUCAGUCGAAUCCUCUACAGCUUCUCCACAGCCUUUCGUCGUUCUUCCCGUCCGGCAGACAUCAGGGACACGGCGCUGUCCAGUCCGCCUGACAGCGACCUCUACACCUUCACUGUCUUGCUGGAGAUCAAAGAGGACGAUGGCAAGGGCAACUACAGUCCAGUGCCUAAGGACAGAGAUAAGUUCUACUUCAAGCUGCGACAAGGCGUACAGAAGAAGGUCGUGGUUUCAGUUCAGCAAAUGUGCAACAAGGAGCUGGGCAUCGAAAGGUGUUUUGGGAUGCUGCUGAGUCCAGGACAGAAAGUCUGCAACAGUGACAUGCAUCUAUUAGACAUGGAGUCGAUGGGGAAGAGCUCUGAUGGGAAGGCCUACGUUAUCACAGGAACAUGGAACCCCAAUAUGGCAGCCUUCCAGCCCCUGAAUGAAGACACACCUAAAGAUAAGCAAGUCUACAUAACAGUGGCAGUAGACCUGGUAGUGACCGAAGUGGUGGAGCCAGUUCGCUUCUUGCUGGAAACUCUGGUCAGGGUCUAUCCAUCAAAUGAACGCUUCUGGUACUUCAGCCGUAAGACCUUCAGCGAGACCUUCUACCUCAAACUUAGACAGCAGGCACCAGAGAGGGUGGGUCAGAGUGAUGCUGUGUAUGAGGUAGUGAGUCUUCAGAGGGGGGCAGAGAGAAGCAAUGAAGGAAAAGGACGACUGGCCUCGCCCACUGAGGAAGAGGAGGCUGAUGAAGAUAGCGACAGUGAAAUCUCUAGUGGGACAGGAGAUGUUUCCAAAGACUGUCCUGAGAAAAUCCUGGAGUCCUGGGGAGGAAUCCUCAGCAGAUGGCAUGGAAACCUGUCCACUCGUCCUAAGGGUUUGCCCUCAUUGGUUCGCAGUGGCAUUCCUGAGCCACUAAGAGCUGAAGUCUGGCAGCUGCUGGCCGGUUGCCACGACAACCAUGACCUGCUUGAGCAUUACCGCAUCCUCAUCACCAAGGAUUCAGUCCAGGAGGGUGUGAUCACCCGGGACAUCCACCGCACCUUCCCUGCACACGACUACUUCAAGGACUCUGACGGAGAUGGACAGGAUUCACUGUACAAGAUCUGCAAGGCCUACUCUGUCUAUGACGAGGAAAUUGGUUAUUGCCAGGGUCAGUCGUUCCUUGCUGCUGUUCUCCUGCUGCAUAUGCCUGAGGAACAGGCCUUCUGUGUGUUGGUGAAAAUCAUGUAUGAAUACGGCCUCAGAGCUCUCUACAAGAACAACUUUGAGGAUCUCCACUGCAAGUUCUACCAGCUGGAGAGGCUGAUGCAGGAACAGCUUCCAGACCUGUGGUCCCACUUCCAGGAGCUGAACCUGGAGGCACACAUGUAUGCUUCCCAAUGGUUUCUUACCCUCUUCACUGCCAAGUUCCCUCUGUGCAUGGUGUUCCACAUCACUGACCUGCUGCUCUGUGAGGGUCUGAACAUCAUCUUUAACGUAGCCCUGGCCUUGCUCAAGACAUCUAAAGAGGACCUCUUACAAGCCGAUUUUGAAGGAGCUCUCAAGUUCUUUAGAGUCCAGCUUCCUAAACGCUACAGAGCUGCAGAGAAUGCCCGAAGGCUUAUGGAACAGGCCUGUAACAUCAAGGUUCCAACCAAAAAGCUUAAGAAGUUUGAAAAAGAAUAUCAGACACUGAGAGAGAGCCAGCUGCAACAAGAAGACCCCAUCGACCGAUAUCAGAGGGAGAACCGUCGUCUUCAAGAGGCCAGUAUGCGACUAGAACAGGAGAAUGAUGACUUGGCCCAUGAACUGGUCACCAGUAAGAUCGCCCUUCGGAACGACCUUGACCAGGCAGAAGACAAAGCCGAUGUUUUGAACAAAGAGCUGCUGAGCACUAAGCAACGUUUAGUGGAGACUGAGGAGGAAAAGAGACGACAGGAGGAGGAGACGGCUCAGCUGAAGGAAGUGUUCAGGAGGGAGCUGGAGAAAGCAGAGUUGGAGAUCAAGAAAACCACAGCGAUCAUAGCUGAAUACAAACAGAUCUGCUCCCAGCUGAGCACCAGGCUAGAAAAACAACAGGCAGCAACAAAAGAAGAGCUGGACAUCGUCAGGAGUAAAGUAAUGGGCUGUGAGCACUGUAGGGACCUGUUCAGCACCCUGGGUACCCUUCAGGCAUCGCCCCCCGGCAGGGACAAGGCAUCCACCGAGCCCCUGGACGAGGAGAAGGACGGGCUGAAGGAGCAGCUGAGGCAGCUGGAGCUGGAGCUGGCCCAGACUAAACUGCAACUGGUGGAGGCCAAAUGCCGCAUCCAGGAGCUCGAGCACCAGCGGGGAGUCCUGAUGAACGAGAUCCAGGCGGCCAAGAACUCUUGGUUCAGCAAGACUCUGGGCUCCCUGAAGAGUUCUGCUUCCUCGUCCUCCAGCUCCACAUCCCAUACUCCGUCCUCUCCAAAGGAAGGCCCUGCCUAGAUGACCCCCCCAUCUCCAGCCCCCCUGUCCCCUUCAGGAUGCACACUAGAGCUGAGAAACAAAAGUUGAAGAAACGAGCAACAGAGAAAUGCAGUAUUCCUUUUACAACUGGUGGCAAAGUGGAGCUCACCAGCUUCUUUGACUGCAAAUAGCUGAAAAGAUGAAAAAGAGACAGGCAGGGGACGGGACUAGCCGCCUGUCUUUCUCUCAGCGUUUAUGUUUGAGUGAACUAAAACGUGUCUGUUGACCUUCUCUGCUUCACAGGUGAUGAUACAGGUGAGCAUCAGUGAGGCUUGAAGUUGAUUUAAAGGGUCAGGGGUCAUUGCUGGCACUGUUUUGUUGAGGUGGAUUUCCAGACUCACUGUAAGAAAGCUGAAUUAAUCUAAACAGUGGCAUCCCUCAUGUAGGUCAAUAAUUUAGCUCCACCUUGUGGACAGCCAUUGCUACUGCACAUUUAUUGUCAUUUUAUCUGAGUGAAAUGAUGUUUUUAGGUAGCUGAAAAUUAAACCCUCAUUUAGUCUUGUAAUUUGCACAAUAUUUUCAAUGACAGUGAUACAGCUACAUUACAUAGAUAUAAAAAAAUUUACUGCUUAAACAAAGAAAAAUCUACAUGAACCAUCUUCAGCGCAGCAAAGCCACAGCACUCUGAAAAAGGAAUACUGCAUCCAGUCUUAAACAACACAAAAGUUGUAUUUCUUUAUAGUAAUAUAACGUAAACAAUGUUGUCAUAUAAAUAUGUAUAACUAAUUAUUGUUUUUUUUAAUAAUCUUGUACAGUUCUUUAAGAGAAGAAAAAGAAAAACGUAAAGAAAAGUUCUUUGUUAAUUUUUUUUUCUACUGUUUGGAAUUUGAAUGUCAUCUCACUAGAUGUCACCAUGUGUGAUCGAUGUGGUCGAGUCCAAAUACUGAAAAGCCCAAGUGACAACGUCCAGCAAUUUUAUUGCUCCCUGCUUUUUUUCUAGUCAUGGUUGUAAUUUCAAUCAAAAUUUAACUGAUUUCAAUUUUUUUUUAAAUUUAUAAAUUUUAUCCAGCUCCUGCCUGUAAUUUGCAUUUUUAUUAUUGCUUUUUUUAUGUGUGUCACCAUCUGCAGAUGUCUAACUCGCAGCCAUCAUUUUUUUUUGGCUGGCUGAAAUGACAGCAGAGAUGAGCACUCUUCAUUUUCUGAGUAUGUUUUGACCUUUAUAUACUUUUGCUGAUGGAGUUGGAGUUCGUAUAACAGAAUUCCACACAUUUUCAGUGAGGUAGUGGUGAUAAUAUGAAGUCUCCAAAAUAGCUUGAAAACAUAUUGAAGAUGCGGAUUGACCUUGGUUGUAUAUUUUCAGGUUUCAAUUGUUUCAUUUCAUUCAUUUUAUGUUGCACCAACAGCCAUUACAGUGGGAUUUAUGUUCCAUUUCACCAGAAGCCAUUUUCUUCCGUUCAUUCUUAACUGAGUGACACGUGGCUUCCACAAAACCAGAUAACAGUCACAGAAAACAGGGAAAUACUGAUUCUGUUUGUGUUAUAUAACACUUUGCACAGAAAGUAUUGGAAGUCUUAACCACUUCUCACCUGUCAUCAGAAUUAACUGUAGAUAACGGAGUCAGCACACUGAAUUAGGUAAUUCUACCUUUGUGAUACAGUGUAGGCUCUGAAGUAUCUGUUACAUAGCACAACUCAUCCCUAGAAAUGUUCCUCCACCAUUGACAAGCAGUUCUAAGGCCAUUUGCACAGCUGUGCCAACAUGUUCUUUUUCCUUUGUCAUGUUAAAAAGAAUAUUUUUUACAACAAAAACAAAAUUCUGUAACAAGAAUGCUUGUUAUUGCUGUUUUUUCAGGCACAAAACUGCAGUGUCGGUACCAACAGUCCUCCUUUAUUCCCUACUCCUCUUGUCACUGAAAUCAGCCUUUGGACUCUGACCAAGCCCAUGUGUAUUUUUUUGUGUGGGAGAGUCUGUGUCUGUGAGUGUGUUUUUGGAUGUGUGUAUGUACAUGUGCAUUCUCCACUGUAACUCAAGUGGUUGAAGUUGAAAUGGUUUGUUCUUCACGUGGCUGCCUUUUCUGUUAAUGACUGAAGCCGUCGGCUGAUGAGAGGAAAGCCGUCUGACUGAAAUGUCGGAGAGCAUCGGCUGUGCCAUAAGAUUCUCCCUAGGGCUCCAUCCCCAGCAGUCUUCCUCUGUGCUCGCAAUUACCUGAAUCAGCUUCACACAGAAAAAUCUGCUGAUUAUCAUUUUCAGUAAUGUCCUGUCACGCACAUUUCCACCAGGAGCUUUCCCAGUACAACUGCCAUCCUCUUGCUGGUGGUCACUGAGCAGCUCUGCUGGAGGAAAUGCACCAGUAUCAUGAAAAGGGAGAAAAAGGAAGCUGACUGGCUUAAUAUCAUUGAAUUCCAGGUGUGUUUUGUAUUUCCAGGACAUUCCCCCCUCCUUGUGGCCGUUACAAUGUCGUACAACCAGUGUCAUGUAAACUGUGGCCAAGUUGGAAGGAGCUCCCCGUCUUUUAUGUGCACUAACACAGCAUCGAUAUUUUAAACACUAUUUCAAGAUGUGUGGUUGUUUGUUUUAAAGUUAUGCACAGAGCAUAAUUAUUUUUUAACUGAUGAUUUUUGUUGCUGAGAGGACAGCUGCCAAUUUAUAUAAUUCAGUCACAUUCACAGUUAAUUUCAAUGAUCAGCAGGCGGCGAGUCGGGUUAGAGAUGUGAUGUGUGUGUAGUUUACAGUUUACUGUAAUACCACGGUCCUGUUACAUAGGGAGGCACAUCUCCUCAGCUGGCGUGACUCCAACACUGUUUGCUGUACAGUAACUGUCUGACCUGCAUUAAUAAAUUUCAGUUCUUCUGUUCAUUCA